UGCAGGUACAACAAUGAUUGGUGGAGCGCUCGGCUAACUCUCUCUGACUGUUGGCCACGUUGUACACGUCUGCAGCUCCGUGGAAAACGAAACAGUACACUCGCUUCCUGUUUCCAGCACAAUACUGUCAAGCCUCGCCGUAACGCAGGGUGUUAAAAGAAAGGCAGAAGUUAGUUUCAAUAUUUAUUACAUUGACGUCACGUUAGGAGGAAGUCGCCAGAUCAUGCGAAUUCUCCAUAUGAUUUUUUUAACCUAACCAAGAUGAGGCUUCGGCUGGCCAAGAGGAAUCUCCUGUUGCUUUUGGGUGUUUCCUUAGCGGUGUGGACUUUUUUGAUUUCCACGCGCGUGCUGUCAGUUUCAGAAAACGAACCCAGUGUUGUUACUCGUCAAGACACGAGUGAUAAUGUGAAGCUGGUCCUCGGCGGAUCGCUGGCAGAGUUGACCCAGUCCAUCUACAUUGCCAAUUACAAGCAGCAUGUUCUGAACACAGAUAGGUUUCCAUUGGUGCCCCAGCUGGUUCUGGUCGUGCAGGUCCACAACAGACCAGAAUACCUCCGACUCCUUAUCAAGUCUCUGGAGAGAGCGGCAGAGGUCCACAGAUUCCUCCUCAUCUUCAGCCAUGACUAUUUUUCAGCGGAAAUCGAGUCCAUUGUGCAAGGGAUCACUUUUUGCAAGGUGCUGCAAAUUUAUUUCCCGUUUAGCACUCAGCUGUAUCCCUCCGAGUUUCCUGGGCAGGAUCCACGAGACUGCCCACGGGACAUGUCCAAAGAAGAUGCACGCAAAACAGGAUGUCUCAAUGCGGACUACCCGGACUCUUACGGACAUUACCGGGAAGCGUCCAUCACUCAAACCAAACAUCACUGGUGGUGGAAGUUACACUUUGUGUGGGAGCGAGUGCAGGCCUUGCAAGGCUACAGCGGCUUUGUGGUAUUUCUAGAAGAGGACAACUACAUCUUACCGGACUUUUUCCACUUCUAUACAUCAAUGAUAGAAUUCAGGAAGAACAGCUGUCCGGAUUGCGACAUGCUGGCUUUGGGGAACCAUGACGACCCUAAUGGCUUUGCCACACUGUCCAACAAGGUGUUAACCACUGGGUGGAUGUCCACCAAACACAACAUUGGCAUGGCCAUCUCCAGGGAGGUGUACUACAAGCUAAUGGGCUGCAGCAAGGACUUCUGCACUUAUGAUGAUUACAACUGGGACUGGACGUUGCAGCAUCUCUCUGGAACCUGCAUUUCAAAGCCCCUGAAAGUGCUUGUCGCCCAGGGUUCCAGGGUUCUUCACACCGGAGACUGUGGGCUGCACCAGAAGCAGAACUGCAGGCCAGAAUGGGCCUUUCAGAAGGUCGAGGAGGCACUUAAGGCGGCUAAAGAUGGCCUUUUCCCAUUAUCUCUUGUCCUUACCGCCUCUGAAGGCGCGGAACACAAGGCGCACAUGAAGAAUGGGGGCUGGGGAGAUGUCCGAGAUCAGAAUCUCUGCAGUAACUAUGCCAAACGUCUCUGAAAAUGUGGAAUUCAUAGGCAUUCCAAUCUAUUUCAAAACAAAAACACACACACAGAUGCCAAAGAGUCAUUCAUAGUGUAUAUUGUCUGUUUAGAUCAUGAUUUCUCCCGUGAGUGACGACGGGGCUCUAAAUGUGUCUUUAUUGCUUUAAUGGUUUUAAGCCAGGGGUGUCCAAAGUGCAGCCCGGGGGCCACUUGCCAUCAAAAAUGGGGAAUAAAUAGAGCAAAAAAAAAAAGGUACAAUGUAAAGAGAAAAAGUUUAAAUGUUGAUACUAAUAACUACCAACACACAGCUUUGUUUUUAAAUAUAUCUAAUGUUUAUAGCUGUUUGACAAAAUUCAUCUAUAUAAAAUAUACAUGUUAGCGUAAAAUGUUUUUAAAUGUCAACGUGGGCCCCCCCUGCCUCCUGUUGAUUUUUCAGGAUUAAAGUUUGGACACCCCUACUUUCGGCAAAAGGGAGCGGUGUACUUUUGAUGGUACGACUUUUGAGUGCAGUCAACAAGGCACAUACGGAAUUUGACGUGCACAUAACGGAAGAGGAGUUACUUCACCUGGUGGUGGUUGUUAUUUGACUCUGUGGUGGUCACUGAAUGCGACAACGCAAGCUUGAUUUAUUGAUUUUUCUUCCGCACAGAAUAAAUGUGACCUUUUGGAAUCUCGUCCUCCAAAAUGUACCUCGUGAAACAAACAUGCAGUCGUGUUCUUUUGGGGGUGGGGGGGUUGUACAAUCCUAUCAAUGACGUCAUUGCGGUUAAGCUGACUGAAAAUGUGCCUCAGCCUGGUUGUUGUUAAAAGCGCAACAGUGUCAACCAAGCACUUAUUUACAGUUAUUGUUAAUUAGAACAAGAGGGAGAAUGAAUGUGAAUUUGAUUGUUAUUUAAAAUGAACUUUUAAAUCUUGGUUGUUACGCAGUGCCAGCAACCCAAGGUCACAGGUGUACUGAUGACAGUGCCUUAUGAAUUGUGUGUUCUUGAUUGUUGGUGAAGAUGACUUGCACAAAAACGUAUUAAUGUGUGCAUACAUUCCAUAAUGAUCAAUGUGAAAUCUGAUGAUUACUUGUUCAUGUCAUUGUUUCAGGGGUGUGGUGGGUGGGAAUAAAAACAUUUUAUAUUGAAAUACAGUAGUUUUCUUACUUUAAUCCAGUCGGACAUCCUGACUGCACGCUCCCCUGGUGUGUAGUUCAGCCAUCCCUUUUUGUGUGUUGCACCUAAAAUAUUGGAUUAUUUUCGGUGUAUUUUUAGGGAAGAUGCAUGGAAAUUACAGGACGUGUUCAAGGAAGUCGAUCAAAAGCUACCCACACACGGAUCUGAGAGGCUGUGGUGUAUAACUGGUUUGUUGGCAUGUGAAGAUGACUGCUGCAGAAUAGGGGUGGGCGGGUCAAUGCAAAAGGCAGAAUCAGUUGAAUACAAUUGCAUUAACAUUGUCGGUUCUUUUAUUUUCACAAAUGUCUGUGUUUUCUUGUGUUGUCUAAUUGUUACAUUGUUUAUGUUGUUAUAUUUAUACUGUACAUUGUUAAACAAAAAGGGCUUUGAGUGAAAAAAGUCAAAAGGAAUGAGAGCCAACAACAGUUGUGUGUAAUAAAAGGGAAUAUUUGUAUUACGUUGUUGAUAUUCUGGCAGUGUCAUAUUAUUGUGUUGAUGCAUUGGUGUUCACAAAUAUGUUAAAAAUAUGUUUUUUGUUUGCCUACAAAUCAUUUCCCUGUGUUUUAGUUUUGUUAUAAUCAUGGCUUUUAAAAAUUUGACAGUCAUUCA